AUGGCGCGCUUACGAGGAAAUGCAAAUGCAGAUGCGGCGGAGGACAGUCAUGUGCCGAGGAGGAGGGUGCAGCGGCAACCGGACGAAGCUAGAAAACAGAUCGCGAGGCGGAGACGAUCUUCAAACGACGAUGAGAGCCAAACAUGGGAUGCGGACAGGCGAAAGGCUUCGGCGAGCUUGGUGUUGAAAGAUCAGUCUGUUCCGCAAACGAAGAAGACGCAAGUUCGGCUUGGAGGGUUGCAGGCUCUUUCAAGUUCGAAUUCCCUCACUUCUGGCCUUAACCUGGAGGAUUUGACCAAAGACGAGCCGAGGAAACGAAGAGUGCAGAGAGCGUCGCCCAAAAAAUCAAUUCUCGAAAAUCCUGCCAAAUCAGCGUUUGAGCGACUGGAUGGCCCGAUGGCUGAAGACAAGGAUGAGGAAGAGAGCAUAUGGUGUGGCUCGAUCGAUGCGUCGGACAGCUCUUCUGGAGAGGAGCUCAUAAGUCCACGGAAGCUGUUUGGUUUGCCACGGAAACCAGUGAGCUCUACAAAAACUGGACCGAAUCUCACGAGGCAGUUGCAAGCGCUCACGAUCUUUGACGAUGACGAUGAUGGAGGAGUUCCAUCGAAGAAGCGCGUUCCCAGAAGCAAGAAGACUGAUAUUACCGCAAGGCCGCUGAGCUCGUCUGAUAAAGAGAACCAUGAGGCCAUAAUAAGAUUCUCUCCCCCACAGGCUCGAGGACUGGUCAAAACAGCAGCGACUGACCGAACUUCUACUCCACCACCGCCAGCCUCGCCUUCGAAAUCGAGGCUGCAGUCGCCUUCGAAAAAGGCCACUCGUAUACCAACUCCGCCACUCCGACCAAGCCUCGACGCAUUCUGGACAGCCGACGCAAUCAACGACUGGAACGACCAAUACUCCCCACAAAAGCCUCUGAAAUCCCCACGAAAGCUCAAACUCCAACCCAACCCAGAAGACCAAUCCCCAUCAACCUCCCCGAAGAAACUGCUCCAAAGCCCAUCAAAACGCACCAAAGCCGACCUCGCCGCAAUCAAAGACUUCAACGCCCGCAAAGUCGCCCUCGCGGAAAGCUUCCUGCACGAACUCGAUCAAACCAUCACCCAAGGCCGCAUCCAAUCCCUCUCCGCCUCCACCGGCGGCGUGCAACUCCUCUGGUCCAACACCUUAAACUCCACCGCCGGCCGCGCCAACUGGCGCCGCGAAACGACCAAAUCCCGCUCCUCCGAAACCCUCCAGCACAAACACUUCGCGUCGAUCGAACUCGCCACAAAAGUCAUCUCGGCCGAACACCGCCUCCUCAACGUCAUCGCGCACGAGUUCUGCCACCUCGCAAACUUCAUGAUCAGCGGGGUCAAAGACCAACCGCACGGGAAGCAGUUCAAAGAAUGGGGACGGCAGGUCACGGGGGCGUUUGGGGAGAGGGGCGUGGAGGUUACGACGAAGCAUAGUUAUGAGAUUGAGUAUAAGUAUGUGUGGAGGUGUGUGGAGGAGGGGGAGUGUGGGAUGGAGUUUAAGCGGCAUUCGAAGAGUAUUGAUCCCGGGAGGCAGAGGUGUGGGAGGUGUAGGGGGUUGUUGGUGCAGGUUAAGCCGGUGCCGAGGAAGGAGAAUAGCAGUGGGGGUGGUGGGGUGGGGACGACGGCGACGCCCGGGAAGGGGUAUGCGGGGUUCGUGAAGGUGCAUUUUGCGGAGGUGAAGAAGGGGAUGCCGGGGAGGAGUCAUAAGGAGGUUAUGGAGGCGUUGGGGAGGAAGUAUCGUGCUGAGAAGGAGGGGAGCGGGAAGAGUGUGGAUGAUAUGGCUGGUGAGUUGGGGGAGAUGAAGUUGGGUGGUGGUGAAGGACCGGUCGUUAUAGAUGCGGAUUGA